GCCCUUCGGCCGGGGGACCGGAGCUCGGCGCUUCUGAACCGGGCGGGUUGGGCAGUCGCUGGACUGGCGUGGAACGCCUCGCACCUCGUGCAGUGUUUGAGCCUCUUCGGCUGUUUACUGUGCAUUUUUUUCACAACGCUGAUGUGCGUGGUUUUGUAAAAAUCUAGCAGGCAAAGUACGCUACUGCAGUAGCUAAAAACCCUCGCUGAAAGCCCUCAUCGCACUGGGUUCUUCCUAAGAGCCAAAGGAGUCAUUGGCGAUUUAUUGUGUAAUAUGUUUGUCGAUGUUAUGGAGCACAAGCUAAGGUUGGAAAUUUAGGACUCCUGAAAUAUUUAUAAUAUUCCCAUUGCACAAAUGGAUAUAGUUUAGAUGUUCUUUGAGAGUGAAAUGUUUUGAAGGCACUUGCGCUACAGCUCGUGAUGAAAUGUGGUGUAGUGCGCUUUCAAUCUGCACAGUGUGCGGUUUGAGUGGUUUUUGUUGAAAGUGGCACCUUUUAGGGAGGGCCUCUUGGGAAAGUAGUUCUGUUUUCUUGUAAUGCUGUAGUUCAAGCAGUACGACCAUUGCUUCUCCAGCAGUGGCCGAUACAAUGCUCUCCUAAAGCAUUUGUCAGUUACUGAAGCCCAAAACAUUCAUCUUGGGAAGCAAGACUGUAAGUUAGGAAGAAAGAACGUAUUAUCUGAGAUGAUGUUUUUGCUCCUGACUGACAUGUCCUGUAGCUUGCUCAGCCAAAGUAGCAGCAUCAAAAAUCUCAUUCUUUGUGGAGGUCAGAGGUUAAUGCAGUAAUCCUGGAAGAAAUGAGUUUAAAAUUCUGCUCAUAUUAAUAGUUCUGAAGAUCCUUGAAGCCCACUGCAGGUUUUGCAAGUGCCGUAAUCCUUUUUGGGGUGUUUACAUACUAAUGCUGAGCUGCAGAAUAAAACUUUCGUACUGCUUAUAAACUGCUCCAAAAUAGCUGCUGCUGCUUCCGUUGAUGAAGAGAAUUUUGGAGCUGUUGUUUCAUCCUGAUCGUAAUCAUAGGAAGAAUGUAAGCUUUGGCAAAACCUUUCUCAGGGAGAAAGUAAUGAAACAGCUAAUUGACUGUCUGUGUUACUUUGAUUAAAGGAUCUUUGGUCAGAGAAGCACAGUCAGAACCAAAUGCCCAAGAGAGGUGCUGUUGAGGAGAGAAGUAAGCUUUCAUCUGGGUUGUACAUAAAAUAAUGUUGGUUUGUAUUUCUCCAUUUUAGAUACUGGCUUUUAAGAGAUGAUCUUAAACUGCAGCUGGGAGAAAAGCAACAAAUUGAGCCUUGUGGUAAAACUCUGUAGACUAGACACGGGCAGUCCAAAACCGUAUAAAAGCAUCAGUGUCUUUGGGUUGAAGUAUUGUUGUUGGGUAGAAAUAAAAACAUUUUUUUUAAAGUGAAAACGUGUAGAGAAAGCUCAGAAAUAAUAGUAGAAUAGUUUUUUAGUAUGUGCCUUAAAAUAAAGGUCUAGAAAACUGAGGGUGGAUAAUAGGUUGAGAAAUUAAACUACAGCAGCUGGGGGGCUCAAGGGCAGAUUAUGAGAUUGUUAUUGGGGAAAACAGCCAGGCUGCAUGCUCCUUCCCUGGGCGUAUCUUGGAGAUAACGUACACCGUCCUACCAGCUGGCUGACCUCUGAAGUCGUGUUACUGCUUUUUGCAUACGUACACGUGUGAACAGUACAUGUACAGCUUAGGUUUGUCCAUUCUUUUGUAUUUCAAGAUGUGACUUAAAAUUCUCAAAUCUCACAUGGUUGGCUUGUGUGGGCUUGAUGUGUGGUUUGCUACUGGAAAUCUUCACACGCUUCUAGUCCUUGGUCAUCCUGUACCGCAGUUAUCUCUCUGGCUUCACACAGACACCAAGUGACAUCCGUGUUUUGAGGAAAGUGAAAGUAAAUUCCUGUAGUGAAACUUCACUCUCUAAAAUUUGGUCUUGUCACAUAUUGGAGUUUUCUUUUGUCCUCUGCUGUUACUUCUUCACUUUGUUCUGCUUGAAGCUGAUGGGGACAAAAGAAGAGGUUGGGAACAUGAACCCAUAUUUGUAUAUUACCUGUAAUAAGUAGGUAAUUAGAGAGGAACGGAGUAGUUGGUAACAAGGAACAGAUGUAUUUAAACUGGAAAUAGGAUUAUUGAGGACUCUACUGUUCAAACUCAGGAAUCAUUGCCAAUAGUUAGGAAUAGGUUUGAUGAAUCAACUGUUGGAAUAACUUCAGAAAGAUAACGGUUUCUAAUACUGUGUAGAGGUUGCUUCGUCCGCGUUGUACCUCCGUGUUACUUCAGAUGUGCGGAUUUUUUUAGUGAUAUUUUUUUUCCCCUCCUGCAUAUCAGCACGCCCCCAGUUAUGUAAAGCUGGUUGUUCUCACUGUUCACAGCUGCAUCUGGCUGCAAGAGUUUGGUUUUAAAAGAAUCCAGCUCUUUUAACGGACGCUUAAACCCCUCUGUCAGAGAGAGAAUGUGCUAGCUGCUAGCUUGAGUCUUAAACGCUGAGUUGCCAAUUCACAGACCUGCAACGUUUUUACUUCUCGCAGCGAAGGCUGGCAGCACGGCUGCGCUGCAGCCGCCACCGUGCAGGACAAUUAUGUAACCAGAGAUGGAAGUUUCCCUUUAAAAUAUUUAAAAUACUUAGAAUAGGAAGGGUUUGGGUUUUGGUUUUGAUCUGCUCGUGUUUUGUCAUGUGAAUGUUUGAUUGUGCUGGGUUAUGAUUUGUGGCUGCGUUUGGAAGGGCUCCACAAUCAGUGUUCAGAGAUGACCUAUUUGUAGUAAUAAUCCCAGCAGCCGGAGAAGGUUUCGCUGGUAGAUCAUGUUCUUCAAUAUCGCCACUUAAUUUGUUUCUCAUGCCAUCCUGUUUAUGUACUCCUUCGGUUUCUUUAUUUUUGUUUUAAACAGAUCUCCUCAUUCGCUUCCUUUAGGAGCUUCCUUUAAAAAAAAUUACUAAAAGAUUACUUUUCCAUCACAACUUUUUUUAACUAUUACCUUCCCGUCAGUUGCUUGCCAUAGGCUGGAUGGUAGUUAAGCGGUGUUAUUUGUGAGAAGAUUAACUAUUUGCAGCGUGUCCCUGGAACACUUCUCUGGUAUCCGUCAUGACCGAGGAGUCGUGGGCUGGCUCUGGCUUCAUGGGGCUGGUUCCACGUAUGUCUCCCUGGCUGUGGGUGUUGUACUGCUUGUCCUGUAAUACGAGGGAGAUGCUGGGUUUAGGUGCAUGAUUUCUAGUUCAUAGAGAGCAUCUGCCAGUGCCCUGGCACAUAUCUAUCCCAUUCUUUCCAGUUCAUGCUAUUUAUUAAAGUAACCUUGAACGUGGCCUUGCUUUAAUCAUAUAGACAGUGAGCACCUUUCUCAAUGCUAAUUUUAACAUACUGUAUUUCAUUAAACUUAAUUCAUGGAUGCUAAGGGUUUGCUUUUGAAAAUAAACGAACACAAAAAGCUUCGAAAGCCUCUGUCAGUCACUAGAUGUGCAGAUUUAAAUACAAGAGAUCAGUCUUAACAAAAUGGUAGUUUACAUCUGCCUUUGAUACUUGCUGAAGUUGGGACUUCUAUGUCCAUUCUCUGGUAAAUGCCAUUAGUCACCCAAAAUAGCAUUAACAUUUUCCCUUGUAUUUUACAGUGAAAGGCAAAGAACAAGAAAAGACCACAGAUGUGAAAGUAAUUAAAACUCCAAUACCAGUACAUUCCCCUCAAAGAAGCACUAGAAAUCAUGCCUUGCUGGAGGCUGCAGGACCAAGCCAUGUGGCAAUUAAUGCCAUCUCUGCCAACAUGGACUCUUUUUCUAGCAGUCGGACAGCUGCCCUUAAGAAGCAGCCAAGUCACAUGGAAGCUGCUCAUUUUGGAGACUUAGGCAGAUCGUGUCUGAAUUAUCAGGCUCAAGAGACCAAAUCAAGCCUUUCAAAGACCCUUGAACAAGUUCUGCAGGACAAUGUAGCCCUCCCCUAUUUUAUCCAGUUUAUGGAACUACGCAGAAUGGAACACUUGGUUAAGUUUUGGUUAGAGGCUGAAAGCUUCCACUCCACAACAUGGUCCCGUAUAAGAGCACAUAGCCUGAACACAGUUAAGCAGAGUUCGUUGGCAGAGCCAGUGUCGCCCUCAAAACAGCAGGAAACUGCGUCAUCAUCUCCAACAGGAUUGCUUGAGGAGAGACUGGAGGAUUCUAGCGCAGUUUGUCUGCUCAGGACCAAGCCAGUGACUUCGGACAAGAACGACAGAACUAGCAACAGCCAGAACCACGUGCUCUCGGGUCAGGAGAGUGAUAAUACCAGUGUUCUUUGUCUAAGAAAAUCUGAGACAGGGACUUAUUCUGUUCCAGCUGAUCAGCAAGAAUCUUCCAAGCUUACGGUAUCAAAUAGAAACAGCCCCUCCUCUGCACUAAAAGACUUGUCAGGAAAACUAAUGAAAAGUAUAGAACGGGAUGCAGUUAGUACUUUUACCAAAUAUAUUUCUCCAGAUGCUGCUAAACCAAUACCUAUUACAGAAGCGAUGAGAAAUGACAUAGUUGCAAAGAUUUGCGGGGAAGACGGACAAGUGGAUCCGAACUGUUUUGUUACAGCACAGUCAAUAGUGUUUAAUGCAAUGGAACAAGAGCACUUUAGUGAAUUUCUGCGAAGUCAUCAUUUCUGUAAAUACCAGAUUGAGGUGCUGACUAGCGGGACUGUUUAUCUGGCUGACAUACUUUUCUGUGAAUCAGCCCUGUUCUAUUUCUCUGAGUACAUGGAGAAGGAAGAUGCAGUUAACGUAUUGCAGUUCUGGUUGGCAGCAGAUAACUUCCAGUCUCAACUUGCUGCCAAAAAAGGCCAGUAUGAUGGGCAAGAAGCGCAGAAUGAUGCCAUGAUUUUAUAUGACAAGUACUUCUCCCUUCAAGCCACGCAUCCUCUUGGGUUUGAUGACUCGGUAAGGUUAGAGAUUGAAUCCAACAUCUGCAGGGAAGGUGGUCCUCUCCCUAACUGUUUCACCACUCCCUUACGACAGGCGUGGACUACCAUGGAGACGGUUUUUUUACCUGGUUUCUUGUCCAGCAACCUUUACUACAAAUACUUGAACGAUCUCAUCCAUUCAGUACGAGGAGAUGAAUUUCCAGGAGGGAAUAUUGCACUGAAUAUUCAUGGCCCCGGUAGCUCUCCCGAUAGUGAUUCUAUAGGGGGCCCGGAUGGCUCUGCCUCCCAGUCCAAUGUCAAAAAGGCUAAUGUUAAAAUCCUGAAAAAUUUUGAUGAAGCAAUAAUUGUAGAUGCUGCAAGUCUGGAUCCAGAAUCUUUAUAUCAACGAACGUAUGCAGGGAAGAUGACGUUUGGACGAGUUAGUGACCUGGGACAGUUUAUCAGAGAAUCUGAACCAGAGCCUGAUGUCAAAAAAUCAAAAGGGUCCAUGUUUUCACAAGCAAUGAAGAAAUGGGUUCAAGGAAACACAGAUGAGGCUCAAGAAGAGAUGGCUUGGAGGAUAGCGAAGAUGAUAGUCAAUGACGUUAUGCAGCAGGCGCAAUGUGAACAGCCUUCAGAGAAGGUUACGAAGCUAUGAUUUUAGAAAUGCCAGAACAGGAAAUCUGGUUUUCCGCUUUGAGAAUGAGUGAACUUUCCCUUUUGGUGGAUUCUUUAACACAGCCAAUAAAAACAAAGCACUGUUACUCCAACCACCGAAAUCUCCCUCGUUUAUAAGGAAGAAUUAAAAAGAAGCAAUCCUGUACCUCCACUGUAGAGCGUGAAGAAACACUUUCUCCUGUCGUAUGUGGCAUUCACAAUAAUGAUGGCUUUUAAAGAGAUGAAGAUGUGGUUUACGAAUGUGUCACUGAGAAACUGUGAUCGACUUCACAAAUACUUGACCCUGUCAAAAAGACUUUUAAGCAAAAUAUCUGGAAUGGGGCACAAGCCACAACAAAGAGGGGAAGGUUUUGCUGUAGUUUCUAGUUCUACUACUUGUAAUUUUUAAAUACAUAAUUGGAAAGGCCAUGGGGCACAUCCCUGACAUUGGCCAUUGGAGAAGUGAACCUGAAAUGGUGAAUUCAUUGGCGGUGAAUGACCUAAAAAGUUCUAAGUUUUAUUUUUCCUUACUUGAAAUAGAUGCAUAUUCAACUGUAAGAUAAAUGUAUUUUACUUCAUAACUACAUUAACUCCGAAGGCAGCGUAGAAUGAUCAGGAGCGAAGCCUGGACAGUGUAACUCUUGUUGAGCUCUUACACCUGCACACACAAUCCCCUGCUUCCAACAGGGAGCAGACUCAGAAGUGAUCUUGCACUUGUGCAACCCUCUGCUCCUGGGCCACGGCUCCGCAGCCCAUGUUUUGAGGAGAUCGUACCCUGUAGACUGCUCCAUUUUCUUUCCUCGCCAUCCCAUGAGCAAGGCAAAAAGUAAUUGCUGCCAUUCUCCAUAGCUUGUUGUCCUCCCAACAACAUAGUAUCUAAUUCCAGAUGUUUGGUUUACAAAGAAAAACAGUUUUUAAUGACCUCUGGCCUUCUCCCUGACAUUGUCAACACUUGCAACUUGCAAAACCUUUAGUUCAAGUAAAAAAGCCACCAUGUUACACAGCACCUCUAUUUUAUUUUUUUUUUUCCAGGGAAUUGAUUUUGCAGGGUAUCAAAAGUACUCAGUGUCUCACCGUUAUGUUAUUGCUGCAUUUUUAGUAUACAACACUUCCACUUUGGGUUUUUUGUUUUACUCUUAUGAUUGCUUUUUUUUUUCCUCAAACUUGUGCAAAAAAAAUCACUUUGUGAAGAACUCAAAUCAUCUCCAAUGUUUGGAAUAUCUUGAUUGACUUAGCAAGCGUUAUUCUGUUGCAAUAUUCGAUUGUCUAGAGAUACACUGUAUUGUCUAUAAAAAAGCAAAAAAGGCUGUGUAUAGGUUUUUGGUACUAUGUACCACCUCUUAUUUCUCUCAUGCCCAAGUAUUCAUGUACUUAAAACA